GUUGAUUUUCAUUCCGUAUAGGACUGUCCCGUUCACUUAUCUGUCUUCUCUACAUCAGAGGAAUCUCAUCUCACUGCAUCAUGGGGAUGUUUCUAAUAGCACUUACUUUGCUGACUGUUUCAUGUGUGGUUGAGGCCAAACAGAAAGAUUUUUACACGUUUAAGGUGGUGAACAGCAGAGGGAGGUUAGUUUCUCUGGAUAAAUACAGAGGAUCGGUUUCACUGGUAGUGAAUGUGGCCAGUGAGUGUGGUUACACCGACGAGCACUACAAAGACCUCCAGCUUCUGCAAAAAGACUUCGGGCCGUUUCAUUUCAAUGUGCUGGCAUUUCCCUGUAACCAGUUCGGCCAGCAGGAGCCAGGCAGCGAUAAAGAGAUCGACAGCUUCGUGCGGCGGGUCUACGGGGUUUCUUUUCCCAUCUUCAGCAAGAUCGCUGUGGCCGGAAUAGGGGCGAAUAACGCUUACAAAUACCUUGUGGAGGCGUCUAGGAAAGAGCCGACCUGGAAUUUCUGGAAGUACCUCAUCGAUACUGAUGGCAAAGUUGUUGAUGCGUGGGGUCCUGAUGUCUCUGUCAAAGAAAUCCGCCCACAGAUAGCGGAUAUGGUUCGGAAGCUGAUCAUCAAGAGGAAAGAAGAGCUUUAAGUCCUUUAAAUCUUCUUUAGCUCUGAAAACUGUCAACACUCAGACCUCAGAAACAGAUUCUUUGAAGAAACAAAUGCUAAUUUAGGCCUAUUUAAAGUACGAAGUGUGAGAUUACACCAGCGCAACCCACUUUAAACGAACAUAUAUCCUCUCAUCCAGUUGUGAAUCUUUCAGUUGUGAAACUUUGUUGCAUCUGUUUGGAAAGAGAAGCACUGAGAAUUAAAGUGAUAAAAGACAGGUCUUAUUAAUAAACCACUUCAUGCUUACACUAAAUGACAUCCUUCACGUUAUGUCUAAUAGAACAACACCAAAAAAUAGAGCAAUAUGAUGAACUGAUUCUGGAGUAGAAAUAUUUAUUUUUAUUUGAUAUUUUUCUUAUGUGAUCUUCCUGAAAGAUAAAAAAAAAA